UGCUGGCCAGUCGGUAAGCCGGAGUGGAAGAGGUACGACGUACGCAGUUCUGAAUAAGGCAAGACAAAUAAGCAAAAACGCUGCGCUCUGUGCGAAUAGAUAAAUUUCAUAAGUGAAAAUGGCACAAGUCAUUAUCCGAUAGGAUUGUUUUUGAUAAUUCGAUUGUAAUGAGCUGAAAAAUGUAAACGACGGUGAAAAAAGUUGAAUAUUGCGAAUAUCAAAGAGGCUUCUCGAGUUUCGUUGUAAAUUCACACCAUUGACUGGAAUAUCAGUUUACUCAUCUCGUCCAGGAAGUCAUGCAGAACGGAGGAGUGCGUAUCAAAACCACACAUACAUUUUCUUAAUUACUGAGAUAAAGUAUGAUUGAUGCGAAAAGUCAAAACAAGGACGGCGGUGUCUGGAAGAUGGUGAUUUCCUCGCAAGAAGCAGCAUCGUGCACUCAAUUUUGUUCGGUAUGUAAUAAUGGCAAAACCAACUAUUGGGCUUAAUAGCAGGCAAACUGAGUGGUGGCUGUGCAGUUGGUUUAUUGAUAAAGGUGGCGGUGUGUUUUUAAUCUGAGUAAUCAUUUUUCAACAAAAAGAAAGAGAUCCACAAUGUCUACAACGAAUACACCAUCAACUUCUAAUGGAGACACAAAAUAUACCGUGGCGCCGACGAAGGAAGAGCCCGGUUCUUGGUCGACCUCCUCUCAGAACAACUUGGACGAGCAGAGUUCUGAGAAGGAAAAAAACAUUGUCAAAUGCGUGAUUGAAGAUGCCGAGGAUUCAUCGGAGGAAGAAGAAGAAGAGUUGCCGUAUCCUGGAUUUAUACCAACAACUCUAUACUGUUUAAAACAGACAACGUGGCCUAGGACUUGGUGUCUGAAGCUUCUGACAUGGAGUUGGUUCGAGAGAACCAGUAUGAUGGUGAUCUUACUGAAUUGUGUCACCCUGGGGAUGUACCAGCCCUGCGUGGACGGGAAUUGCGACACAACCAGAUGUAAAGUCUUGGAGGGAUUCGACCAUUUCAUCUUUGCAUUCUUUGCUGUGGAGAUGGUCAUCAAAAUUAUUGCCAUGGGCUUCUUUGGAAAAAUGACGUAUUUGGCUGACACCUGGAAUCGCCUGGAUUGUUUUAUUGUACUGGCAGGCAUUACGGAGUUAGUCUUUUUCAAUGCUAUAGAAUAUUCAAUUGACACAGAGGAAAUUAGUAUCACAGCCAUUAGAACUGUGAGAGUUUUGAGGCCUCUGAGAGCCAUCAAUAGAAUUCCAAGUAUGCGUAUCCUUGUGAUGCUAUUGCUGGAUACACUCCCCAUGUUGGGCAAUGUUCUCCUGUUGUGUUUCUUCGUUUUCUUCAUUUUUGGCAUCGUGGGGGUGCAGCUUUGGGCAGGGCUGUUACGGAACCGUUGUUUCCUUAGUCUCAACUAUUCAUACUUACCAGAAAACUUCACAGCCCCAGUGCCCAAGUACUACAAGCCCGCUGGAGGAGGAGACUAUGUCUGCGCAAAGCCCGACUCCAAUGGCCUCAUGUCCUGCGAUAAACUACCACCCUUCGAACUUGAAGGAGAGAUAUGCAAUUCCUCUCUGCUGUCCUAUGGCAACAUGACAACUGCCAAUGACUCUUCGUGUAUCAACUGGAACCAGUAUUAUACAGACUGUAAAUCUAGAGGAGAAAACCCUUUCCAAGGAGCCAUAUCAUUUGAUAACAUUGGUUUAGCAUGGGUUGCUAUUUUCCAAGUGAUCAGUUUAGAAGGAUGGGUAGACAUCAUGUAUUAUAUUCAGAACUCUCAUUCAUUCUGGGAUUGGAUAUAUUUUGUAGCACUUAUUGUGAUUGGUUCCUUUUUCAUGAUUAAUCUAUGCCUGGUUGUUAUAGCAACGCAGUUUUCAGAGACCAAAAAGAGGGAAACUGAACGUAUGAACAAAGAACGGAAACGAUAUCAAAGCAGCAGUACAUUAGCAAGUUCUUCUGAACCUGGAGGCUGUUAUGAUGAAAUACUUAAAUAUAUUGGACACCUUUUUAGAAAGGGUAAAAGGAGAUUCAUACGAAAAUGUUGUAGUGUAUAUGCAAAUAGACAGAAAAAAGUAAUACCUGAGAAAAGUAUUUCAUUAAAAAAGAAAAGAAAAAAGAAGACACUGCAUCUGCACCAUCACCAUCAUUAUCAUCACCAUUACCAUAUAAACAGUUCGCCUACAACAGCUGUCGUCGCACCACGUGCCAGUCCAGAGACUUCUGUAAUUGACCCCAUCUCAUCACCACGGAGACCAAAUCAUCUGCAAUUGCCUAGCAACAACAAUAGUUUGAACCCCUCAACAGAAUCUUUACAAAAUCCUACUUUAAUUGCACCAUACGACCCUCUGAUGACAUCAAAAAAUUGCCAGUCUUCCCCAAAUCAUGUGGUGGUAUCUAUCAGCCCAGCACCAUCUAUGAAUAGUUCUUGCAGUGUACCGUGCUCAGAUGUUCUAGCUACCAAGUCCAAACUUACACCAGAGUAUGAUGUCAACAGGCUCAGUCCUUAUCAUGCCUUUGAAAAAGGAGACAAAAUGUCACCUCGUUUGACUGCAACAUCUGCAGACUUUGAUUGUCGCCAUAGCAACUGUUCAUACUCAGAGUAUGAAUGGACAGACAGUGAUGACUCAGGGAAAGAAUGGGAUGAAGAUGAAGAAUCAGAAGAGGAAGAAGAAAAUAAAAAACAGACAAGUAUGAUAAAAAGCUGUUGGAUUAAGUUCCGACAGAAAAUAAAGGUAUUUGUUGAAAGUGAUUACUUCACAUGGGGGAUCAUGGGUUUAAUCUUUGUGAACACCUGUUCAAUGGGUGUGGAAUACCACAAUCAGCCAGACAGUUUAACCAUUGCUCUGGAAUACUGCAAUAUUGUCUUCACAGCGUUGUUUGCUUUGGAGAUGCUGUUGAAGAUUAUAGCUGAGGGAGUUCUAGGUUAUGUCAAAAAUGGAUUCAAUGUUUUUGAUGCUGUCAUUGUGAUAAUGAGUAUUGUUGAAAUUGCAUAUGGUGGAGCAAGUGGCCUUUCAGUCUUGAGAACUUUCCGUCUUCUACGUGUCUUAAAAUUGGUGCGAUUUAUGCCUGCGUUGCGGAGGCAGCUGGUUGUGAUGCUACGGACAAUGGAUAAUGUUGCUACAUUUAUCCUGCUACUGCUGCUUUUUAUGUUUAUAUUCAGUAUUCUUGGCAUGACUUUGUUUGGUGGUAAAUUUUGUUCCCGGGAGGAUGGCACACAGUGCACCUGCUCAGAUAUCGUCAACCCAGAAAUUAUAUGCAAUUGUGAGAGAAUGAAUUUUGACACCACAAUAUGGGCCAUGGUGACUGUGUUUCAGAUUCUUACUCAAGAGGAUUGGAACCAAGUUCUGUACAAUGGUAUGGAGAAAACAUCACCAUGGGCAGCACUCUAUUUCAUUGCCCUAAUGACUUUUGGCAACUAUGUUCUGUUUAACCUGCUGGUAGCCAUUUUGGUGGAGGGGUUUUCAGCAGAUUCUGAAGAAAAGAAAAAAGAACAAGUGAAAAAAGCAAAAGAAGAAGAAAAAGAAGAAGCUAAAAGAAAAGACAAGCUGUCAGAUGUAAAUGGCAAUACAGAGUGUGAAGUGGACAUUAAGAAUAAUAAAGAAAAGGCUAAACUUCUUUGCACUUCCACUUCAGCUUGGUGUAACAUCAAAGAGGGAAACCUUUCUAAGGGCACUCCCUGUCUCUCCUGUGGCAGCUCUCCCUCACUUGCCCUUCCUAUCAUCACACACACUGUACCUACUCCUUUGCCUUCUCGUCCUAACUCUCCAACUCAUCAGGACUUUGUGUCAUCUCUUACAGCCAAAAUGUUAGCUCUACCACCCCCUGCUGUCUCUGUCACUAAAGAAGAUCCUUGCUGCCAACACCCCGAGGCUCCUAAAUAUCCCCCUCCUAUAAUCACUCACACUGCGGCCACCCCUGCAGCAACACCAGCGGCAACGCCACACGGAUCACCCCAUGAGAUUUCCUGCAAGGACAACAACAAGCUGAGUGUCAAAGAUGCCUUCAACCUCAGCUCUUCCUCAAUUGAAACCAUUGAUAGGACUUCUAAUGGAAGCCUUAGUUCACGCAGUUCACCGCGUCUCUGCACUUCAACAACACCCAAACUCGUUCGACGCACCAGCAGCAAGUCCAGCCAGAGAAGCUGGAAGUUCAGAAAUGAACCAAAGGAAGAUGAGGCAAACCUUGUGGGCCAGUCAGACAGCAGUGACCAGAGCGAUGCUGAGGACAUUUUCAGCAAAAAUUCUCUGAAGCCUGCUGGUCCAGUGGCUCCCCCUAGCCCCAGCCCCAGUCAGAGGCAUUGUGUCACAUAUUACUUCAGUUUACCUGCUUCGCGACCUGUACCUCGACCAACUUACCUCCAUUUAUUGGAUGUUGCAAAGCCUUCUUCCAACCAUUAUGCCCAAGUGUAUUGUUCUUAUCGCUGCCCCUCUAGUGUGUCAGCCUAUAGUGAUUGCAAUGGACAUGCACCUCUCAACAAUCAGAGGCCUUUAACUCCGAGAAAUUCAGUUAAAAGCAACCACUCCAUUAGUCCACAAAACUCCAUCAAAGGAAAUAGAAGACUGGAACCAAAAAAUUCAUUUACAGAAAAUCACAGCAGGCAAAAUUCUCUCAACAGUAACAAGAGCAAUGCAACCAGAUGUAAUUCCUUCCAUCAUAGACAAGAAAAUUCUGCUCACAGUCACAAGACUCUUAGUCCUCAAGUGUCCAUAGGGAGUGUUACACCUAUUGAGGAUUACAAACAGAAUAACUUAAAUAGGACACAAGAUAGCCAGGCGGAGCCUAAAGAAGAAGAAGAUUGCCUUGAUGAAGCAGAUCCAGAUGCUAUGGAUGAAACAGAUUGGUCCUGUUCUUGGUGCCCAGAACCAAAAGGCUGCUUCAAGGAACGCUGGGAGUGGUCCCUCUUUCUCUUGUCUCCCCACAAUAAAUUCAGGAUAUUGCUUCACCACUUGGUGGCCAAGAACUGGUUUGAUUAUACUGUUCUGUUUUUCAUUGCAUUGAACUGUAUCACCCUUGCAAUGGAGAGACCAAGUAUUCCCCCAGACAGCGUGGAAAGACAGUUCCUCACCUGUAGUAACUAUGUUUUUACUGCAGUUUUUGCAUUUGAAAUGACAGUCAAGGUUUUAGCCAAAGGUUUUAUGUUUGGUACCCAUUGCUACUUGAAGAGUGGAUGGAAUGUCAUGGAUGGAUUCUUAGUCUUCAUCUCCUUGUUGGAUAUCAUCAUAGCUAACACGGCCACCUCCAGUCCCCGUAUAUUUGGCAUUCUCAGGGUCUUCAGGUUGUUGAGAACUCUUAGACCACUUAGAGUGAUAAGCCGCGCUCCAGGGCUAAAGCUUGUAGUAGAGACUCUCCUGUCAUCCCUACGUCCCAUUGGAAACAUCGUGCUCAUCUGCUGCACUUUCUUCAUCAUUUUUGGUAUCCUUGGAGUGCAGUUGUUUAAAGGGACAUUCUACCAUUGCCGUGGUCCAGAUGUGUCUGAUGUAAAGAAUCGUACAAUGUGUGAAGCAAAGGGCAGAGAGUACAAAUGGAUGAACCACAGAUAUAACUUUGACAACCUUGGUCAGGCACUGAUGGCGCUGUUUGUAUUAUCGUCCAAAGAUGGCUGGGUCAGUAUAAUGUACACGGGACUGGAUGCUGUAGGAGUUGACCAACAGCCCAUUGAAAACUACAGUGAGUGGAGGAUAGUGUACUUCAUUUCUUUCCUCCUCCUGGUGGCCUUCUUUGUGCUUAACAUGUUUGUCGGAGUGGUGGUGGAAAAUUUUCACAAAUGUCGAGCUGACCUUGAAGAAGAGGAACGUGCACGGCGUGAAGCAAAGCGUGCUCGAAAGCUAGAAAAGAAGAGGAAGACAGAAGCAACAAAUGAUGCAGCUGUUAUAAUGCCAAAUGCCUUUCUGCAGCCACUUCUGCAAAAACUUGAGGUUGCAGAAGUGUCCUAUUGGUUGGAUUAUUCUAAGCCCCGUCUUUUGGUUCAUACUGUUGUCAACAGCAAGUACUUUGAUCUGGCUAUUGCUGCUGUAAUUGGUCUAAAUGUGGUCACAAUGGCCAUGGAAUUUUACCUGAUGCCAGCAGAAUUGGCAUUUGCAUUGAAGAUAUUCAAUUACUUCUUCACCAGUGUAUUUGUGAUUGAAGCCUCACUGAAGAUUGCUGCCACAGGGUUUGUUAGAUACAUAAGGGACAGCUGGAACCAACUGGACAUGUUCAUAGUCAUCCUGUCAAUAGUGGGCAUUGCGUUAGAGGAGAUGGAGUCUGGACUGAUCCCAAUCAACCCUACCAUCAUCCGUGUGAUGAGAGUGCUCAGGAUUGCCAGGGUCUUGAAGCUUCUUAAGAUGGCUAAGGGCAUUCGUGCCCUGCUGGAUACUGUGAUACAGGCCCUGCCACAAGUGGGCAACCUAGCCCUCCUGUUCUUUCUUCUAUUCUUCAUCUUUGCUGCACUUGGAGUAGAGUUGUUUGGAAGGCUUGAAUGUUCCAGGGAGCAUCCAUGUGAAGGACUGAGUGAACAUGCCAGCUUUAAGGAUUUUGGUAUAGCAUUCCUCACACUGUUCAGAGUGGCAACAGGGGACAACUGGAAUGGAAUCAUGAAGGACACACUGCGAGAGGACUGUGACGACAGCGCAGACUGUGAAAUCAACUGUUGUGUGAGCCAAGUGAUCGCUCCCAUCUACUUUGUCAUCUUCGUUCUGAUGGCACAAUUUGUUCUCGUCAAUGUGGUCGUAGCAGUCUUAAUGAAACACUUGGAGGAAUCCAACAAACUGGCUGUUGAGGAUGCAGAGAUAGAGAAAGAAAUAGAAAAUGAGUUAAAGGAUGAACAUAUAAAGAAAAAGGAAGGAGAUGAAAAAGAGUGUCCAUCAGAUGUGAAAGAUGAAAAUCCUGACAAGGAAGAGUGUGUGAGACAACGGAAUAAAGUUAGAAAACAGUAUUCCUUGCCCUCCAAUUUCACAUAUCACCAAAGUGGCUCUCCAAGGGAAACCAAGGUGGUCUAUGUGCAGAGUGGUAAAUACUAUGAAUGUGUUACAACUCCAGUAGGAAAGGAUGAAGAUAGAAACAGAGAUUCUGUUAGUUUGAAAAUCCUCGAUAAACCUACCAUCGCAGCUCUGACUUCAAACAGAAGGAAAUUCCCUAAAUCCGAUAUCCCAUCUGUACUAUAUCUUCCAUCAAGUUCCAAGAACCAGGAGCCAGAAAUAUUACUCUCAAGAUCUUGUAGUGAAAAGUUGAAACCUACAUCCUCACCCAAACAUUUGCCCACCCCGCUAACACCACACGUACCAAUACGAGAUAGUCGCCGAUGGAAACCUGAACAUGCUCAGCGUAAGAUCUCCCCCAUGACUCUGUGCAGCAGUGUGCCAAAUGUUAUGCUAGCAAAAACUAUUGAGAUUGCCUAUCCAGAGCCAGUGGAUCCACUGUAUGGUUCUCAGCCAGUUUUAAGGCGUUGUCCUGGAUCUGGUGAAAAACCUCCAACAUCUGGGGCGGCACAAUCAAAACCAAAUUCAAAAGAAAAAUCUGUACCACCUAUAGGUGAUAUAAAAGAAAAUUCAGAACGCCAACAAAUUAAAGAUGCUAAAACAAGCAGUAUCUGUGAUCACAGUCAGCCGCCACAAGACCAGCAACCACAGCAGUCUGUGGAGAUUUGGACGGAUGAUGAGGGAUGUGAUGAGGAAGUCCGUCAGAUUACAGGACUCUCCACUAGUCAGGAGGAUGAAGAUGCUCAGCCAACAUUUGACAGAGCAAGAGACUCCAUGACAGAAAUUGAAACCAUAGAGAACCCCAAACAUUCUAACACAGAUGGAAAAGACAGUGGUAACACAGACAGUCUUAGGCCACUAAAUCCACCUUUGCAAAAACCAAUUCCAAAUCGUCCAUCCAGCCGUAGGUUAUUACAUUCUAAAGCAAAUGUAGACCUUCCGUCACCACCUGCUUUUCUAAAUGAACAUAUCAAAGACCCAUCUAUAACAAUCAACAGUGAUAAAAAUGUGAAUGAUUCCUUAAACACAAAAAGUGAUUGUGCAAAUACAGAGAGUGAACCACUCAACACGAAGAGUGAUUCAGUUGAUAUAAAGAGUGACCCUGUGAACUCAAAAAGUGAUUCUGCAAAUGCUGUCAGCCAUUCUGUAAAUACAAGCAGUGAUUCUGAUGACAAAACAAAAGAUCCUGUGGAAGCAAAUUAUGAUGCAAGCACAGAAAGAUCUGAUGGUCAAACAGACAUGGAAACUAAGAAUAAAGAAACAAAUGCUACCAGUGUAAAAAUUCAAAUUCCACAAAGCAAUCAGCAAAACAAUGGACCCAUACAUAUUGUACCCAUCAAUGAAUCAGAGGUAUAGCAUUGCAUUUAAUGCAGUUUCAGAAUAUAAUAUUCUUCAAAGAUUAUGGUUAAUGAGUGAUAUACAACUAGUGGAACUAGUUCUCUGAAAUCUCUUUGAAUGUUUGUACAGGUCAUUUGCAUCUUAUGUAAUCUGUCAUUUAACUUUAAGGGCCCACAUGCACAGUUAGAUUUAGGUUCAACUCCACCCCUGUCUGGUAUAGAUAUUUUUGGAGAUUCCUACUACGUUUUCGUUUGUAUGAGCUGGGGGUACACAAAUAAAGGCAAAUAACAGUGCAAAGAAAUGUAUAAAAUAGUAAGAAUGUAAAGAUUUGUUAAAAUAUUCUGCAGGUUGUGAGCAUUUAUUUUCAGGAAUCUUUGAAGAAAAAAAUGGCAUAAUUCAACAAAUGGAUGGAAUGUUGUCUAUGUUAGUUGCCAUUAUUAAAUCAACUGCUAAUAUAAUAUCAUUACAACUAUAUUAAAACUGGACAUAUUCAUAUUCAUUUUACUAACUGUGAACCAUAAUGCAUUAUUUCAAGUUUAAAUUUCUAUUAGGAUUCUAUAAAUUAAAAUUAAAUGAGAAAUUAUUCAUAGAAAACCAAACAUAUCUUGCUAUGAUUUAGAUCAUAUUCUUAUUAAGCCAUUUUUACACUUACAUUAGUACUUCAUUACACCCUGUAUAUAUAUUUAGUCUAUUUAGCAUAACUAUCUAUUUAAGUUCAUGUGAGAGCUUUAGCAACUAUGUGAAUAUGGAUCAGUUCAGUAGACCAUCCAGUAUCGGCAGCCUCACUAGAACUUGAUGAAUAAAGGAUGACUUGCAGUGACCCACUUGGGUUAUGUAUAGGAACUUGAGCCUUGGGCUUUAGUUAGAUUUAUGUUAAGAUAACAUAACAUAUAAGAUAUGGUAAUGGCAGUGAAAACAACUUACAAUUACUACAAUUUUUAUUUGAAAAUUUGUUUUACAAGUCUCCAUCUUCUCCCAGAAUUACCCCCCUUAGAUAUGCCUGGUAUGAUAAUCCAAGAUAAUAGCAGCAGUUAAAAAGCUGUAUAUAGUAAGGACACCAUUGUGUAGUUGUAGAACUCUGUGUUCAUCAUUUGCACAAAGAUACAUGCUGGUCCAUGUACACUGUCCUGUUGCAUUUGUCUACUUGAUUUGUGGUCUGCUAGUUGAACUAAUCCACUGAUAUGUUACACACAUCAACAUAUAUAGUGUUAUUUCCUAUAUCGUCAGUGUGUUUUAGUACCCAUAUUUGAAAUUUCACAUAACAGAAUGGUUGUAAUCACAAAGUAUACUAGUUGUAGAAUAGUCCUAAGUAUAUAUAGCAAUUCGCUGUGUGUUCAACAUUGUUUAAAUGAGGAUUUUUAAAUGCGAUCCAGUUCAGUAUUGUCAAAAUGAAAAAUGAUCAGGUCACAUGACAUGGUUAAAAACUCUAUUAGUCACAACAGAAGGUAUCUAUUUAUACAAAAUGUGGUAAUGGUUUAGAUUGAUAAUACAGGAGCAAAUUUCUAUACCCUUUAGGCUACAGUAUACAUCUGUAGAAUGGUAACAUGUUUACUUGAUUUCUUUUUCAUGGUUAUAGUUCCAGAACCAAAGUAUUCACAAUUAUUAAUGUGUACCUUUUAAAAGCUGUUUGACAACAAUUUAUAUUGUACUUGCAAUUUAUCUGUGCAUAAUUUUGUAUAAAAAUGUAAUAAGAAAAGAUUGGUAUUUUGAUAAGAUUGUUAGUACUAGUAAACUGAUGGGAAUUAUAAUCAGGGAAUUAACAUUUUCUAAAAAAUGCAAACUAAUAAAGAUGAUAUAAUUAGCUUUGAAACGUUGCUUUCCUUGAAACCCUCUUGUUCAUUUUCCAAUGAAA